GAUAUGCUACUCUAUGCAAUCUACAUUGCUAAAGUUUUGUAAAUAACCCAUAUAUUUCUUAAUAUGAUGAUCAAUGUGCACUUUGUUUUACAGAAAAAGGAAUCAGCUGUUAUUCGUGUUUCUACUUAUCAUCUGACAUCAGGGAUAAUUCAAACUGUCAAUCACCUGCAAACAUGACAAACACAGAAGAAUGCUUGGUUGGUGAGAUCUGUCAAGCUGUCAUAACCAACACAACAUUAGGCACAGGAGAAAGUUUAAUCUCAAUAUCAAGGUCUUGUUCAUGGCAGCCCCUUAAUGGAUGUUUAUACAAGGAGAAGACAAAGACUUGUUAUGUCUUUUGUGAUGAAGACUUUUGCAACAAGAUGAAUAUUUUAAGUGAUAGUGGAAACUCUGUAGCUCCAUCUAGUGAAAGGACAACUUCAUUCUCUACAACCUUAGAACAAACUACAGUAUCUGCAAAUCUAACUGCAUCUUACACAGCAACAACGACAACAACAACAACAACAACAGCAGUAACAGCACCAGAGACAUAUUUUCUGACAGCUGACCAGCUAACAACUGGAUCUACAAAUCUAACUUCUACGAAUUCUGAACCAACAACAAUAACUACACACCUAACUAGAUCCAAUGCAACAACAGAAGCAUCUACAAACUAUGAACAAACAACAGAAUCUCCUUUAGGUGCAACCUAUAAGAUAACAACACAAUCUUCAAAUCUUCCUCAAUCAAAUACUACAGGAACAACAAAAGUAUCAAGCUUUGAAUCUACAACAGAAUCUACAAAUUUAUCUGAAUCAAUUCAAACAACAACAAUGACUGUGUCUCCUUCUAGCUAUCAGCCAACAAAUAAUAUUAUAAGUCCAGCUGAAUCAUUUCCAGCAACAACAUCAUCUACAAGCUAUCAAUCAGUGCCAGCAACAACCAAUAUUUCAACAGUAACAUUCUCUUCCACUGUCCCGAAUCAUAUUCUUAAUAAUACAGUUAGUUCUUCGUCUGCCUUUUCAAUACCUGUCAUUUUAACUGUAUUAACAACAAAAGAAAGUCCACUCCAAGAUUCAACAACUGCAAUGAUAAUAAAUGGUCAAUAUGAGAGUGAAGCGGCUGCAAGUGAAAACGUUCCAUCAACUGCAGUCAACAGAAACAUGAAUACAUUAACAAUUGAUUCAACAGCUUUCAACAGCUUGCUAGGAUCAGCUUCAAUCAGAACCAGCAACAUUGAAACAACAACUCAAUCAACCAAUAUGUUUCCAACAAUAUCCCAAGCGACAUCAUCCCAGCCUAUCCAGGCGAUGGUAUCUUCCAAACAUCUUCAAGAGAUCCCUGAUGUGUCCACUUCAAGAGAUGCUCAGCUUGGUGCAACCCAUCCAGAGACUUCCAUAACUCCAAACAAUAUCUUUACAGAAACUGCAACAUCACCAAUGCAAACAGAAACAUCUGAUUCUUAUACAACUGAUCAAGAAAUUCAAGACAUCUCAAAUCCAACUACUACUGCACUAAACACAUUUAUCUUGACUUCUGAAGAUGGCUUUUCACCGACUUUAACUACAGUAGUUGGCAAUGAAGAAGCUACAUCAACCUAUGAACGUUUAAGUGCAUUACCAGAAGUUACUACAUUGACACAAUCAACAAUUGACCAAUCCACUGCAGUAACAUCUUUACUAAAUACAGAACAAACAACUUUCAUCACAUCACGAUCAAAUGACAAAGAAACUUCAACAAUGGAAUCACAAUUUACGAAUGAAACCUCCACUAUUUCUGCUGGCGAAGAAACUACUACGGAAUCUGUUUCCAAUACUAAUUCAAUUACACAUGAAACCUUUGAUGGGUCAACAGAACAACUUGUUAUUUCUUCUGUAUCACCCACUACAGGUGAAACAUUAACCACUACACCUGAUACAACAAUGAGUAAUGCUGUACUUACUAGCUCUGAAGAUUUUCAAAGCCAGCAGACAACAGGUGAUUUAACCUCAGAAACGAGUAUUACACCAACAACUGUUUCAAAUAUCUCAUCUACCUCGAAUGAAAAUACUAAUUCAACUGCACAAAGCACUGAAGAUUACUCUGAGGUCCCAAGAGGCUUACAUAUGCCUACUACUUCUGUUCAAGUUGAAAAUAACAGCCUAUUUACAGAAUCAACUCAAACUAUUGCAACUAAUGCUGAAGGGUCAGCAGAUUUUCAAUCACAACCUGAAACAACAACCAGCCGAUUUUCAGCUAGCAGUGAUGCACAGGAGGCGACUACAAACAAUGUUCCCCAAACAUCAUCACUUGGUUGGAAUUCACCAGAAGGAUCUGGCAACACUGCAAGUGGAAAUGGCAACACUGAGGAAACUACAUCACAAUCAACUUCACUUUAUACAAAGCUGUUUAACUCUACUGAAUCUGUCACCCAUUAUGAUAUCACAGAUAAGAAUACAAUGAGAACUGUUCCGUCACACAUGCUGCGAAAUAUGCAUCAAACUACUGAUAGCAGUUCUGACAAAAUUAGAUCAAACUUUGUUUUUAUUUUUGCCAUAUCUUUAUUUUCGCUUAUCAUUCUGUAGCGCCACCUCGUGGCUUUAAUUGCAAUAAUAUUAGCCCACAAGAGGAUGCAUUUGAGCUGUUAUGCUAUCUGUUUCAAAAGAAUUCGAGUGAAUUUUAUUUCCCUUUGUACUCACCUAUAUAAGCUCAAGCCUAAUGUUGUGGUCACUGAUGCCAUAGUAAUGUUAAACUAAUAAGUUAUGAAUUGUUAGCUAGCGCAUUACCUCAUAUUUUGUUGUUACAUUGUAAACAGUUUACUUUUACCUGAACAACUACUAAUAAUACGAAGAGUGUUUAAAAUACCAACACCAGUCUUGUAUAAAAUUCUGUGAAAUACC